AUGCGUUACUCGUUCACACCGCUUAUCCUCCUCUUCGCUCGGCACUCUGCAAACGCCAGUUCUCUCUUAGACUCUUCUUCCGGCUUGACCCCAGUUGCGGCUCCUCAACCCGCUUACACUGGGCGGUCAACAGAAAAUUUCAAUAUUCCUUGGUUUAUUGAAAUUCUUCGCAAAACUAAUCGUUUGGCAGUCUACUUUCACUGCGACAAAUUGAAAGAAGACGAAAUCGACUGGUCUAUUGACGUCGAAUACGAGAUUACACUCAAAUCUUCCGAUGGCAAACGAAUCACGAAAAAAACUGAUCACCAAUUCACGAAAAAUGAAGGAUAUGGAUUUCCCAAACUUAUGAAUUGGGACACUCUGAUAAAGGAUUACCUGAUCGAUGACAGUAUUACCAUUGAAGUCACUGUCAAGAUCACUAAAAUGCACGGAAUCUCUAAAAAAGCACUGAAAAGCUUCGACAAAUCGAAUGAAAAGUUCUCCGAUGUGGUUCUUUCCGUUGAAGAUAAAAAAUUUUUCGUUUUGAGAAAAGUGAGUUUUUUUUUUAAUUUUAAAACCUAA